UGGAAGCCGACCAGCCGAUCUUCAAUUUGCCUCUCAACACCACAUAAUUUUCAAUUAUGCGACCGCCCUCCAUCUUUUGCGGACACCACCGGCCGCCAACCCCCUAAUCAGUUGAAUCGAGCGACCAGCGACACCGCCACUUUUGAGACCAGACCGGGGCCCAGGCGCAGCACUCGGCCGAGCCUCCGAUCUUGCACUUUUCAAUCCACGCUUGGACGUGGCCCCAAUCACACUCGCAGCUCUUCUUGUCUCCUCCUCCACAUUGCCCAUCAUUCGAUACCCUAUUACUAGAUCGGCCAGCCUCAGAAACCAAAGUCGAGUUUGGCCCCCCACGUGCCCGGGGAGCGACAUCGACGUCGUCGUUCGUUGAAACACGACAGGGACCGGUUAGGCCCGAUUUGCUAGCCUGCCUAGACCCGCUGUCUCGGUUUCUUGUCCCAAUGGACUCGCAAAGACGACAACCACUUCCGGAGAUAUCCGGCUCAGCGUCUGCUCACACAACAAAUCCCCCGUCCUCGAUUGGCCACGGCCACGGCCAAAGAAGACGCAAGAACCAUCGAGGGGGGAAGAAAAAGAAGCAGAGAAGGAAGUCGUUCGCGCUGCCUGCCGAUGAGAUAACGCAGGACAGCGUCAACGAAGAGGGGCUAGGCGAGGCCCCACCGAGCUUCUACACGCGACCGGGUCGCAACUUCAGCACCACGAGCAUCGAGAGCGAAGCGCUGCUAGACCAUAGGGAGCAGCCGCCAUUCAUACGACCCCGACGCCCCUCCGUGAUGACGACGAGCACCUCGUUCCCGGCUGCGCAACCCGCCACGAGGCCAAGGCUGGCAACCAGGGUAGACAGCGAUGAAGAGGACGAGGGGGCGCCUCUCCUCUCCAGUCCAGUCUUUCAGAGGAGCGAGACAGCUCCAGGCUAUGGAACGGGCGAUGCUCCACGAAAGACCGGGCCCACGGGCCGGCGCGACUCGAGCAUGGCGAGCAGCAGCAAAAAGAGGCGCCUUGGCGAUGCCUAUAAUGUGAAUUACCCGCCCUCGGUCCCGGGAUCGCCUGCUCUCCACGCCACGGACCACAUGUCCAUGAGCUUUGGCGACGUGCUGCUACGCGACGAUAUCGACCACGGCGAGCAUUCCACGACCAAGGGGAGCGGAGAUGAGGAUGAUGAGAGGUCGCCGCUGGGCAGGAGGAAGACCAUAGCCCUGCAAGCCCAAGAAGACGUUUGCUUCCCGCAAGAAGGCCUCUCCGAGCUUGGCGAUGACGAGCGUAACGUGCGUGAUACCGCGUACCGGCCCAGGCCGCGAAGACGGCGUGGGAAAUGGCCCGAUCUUUCCAUUUUGAAUGAAUGGAGUCGAUUCGAAAAGGAAGGCCGAAGUGAGGAGCGCCGUGCGAAGAGGAUCACAGAACCGCAACUGAUCGACGGGAGGCUGCGGCCUGUCCACCGGGGCUGGUUUCAGGCCGAGGAGGCAGCGCCCUAUCGCUUCACUUAUUUCAACGAAGAGUUCCAAAGCACCAUACACAGCCAAUCCAUUUCAGAGUUGGUGCAACCAGGGGGCACAUUUCGGGAGCUUUUUGUACCCGACCCGCCGGUUCUCUCAGACAGCUCCGACAGCGACGAGGAGGCAGAACCAGACAUCGAUUUAUAUCAGGUACUUGGAGGACAGGGCGGCGACCCGCUAAUCCCUUCGCGGCAACCAUCGCUAGCGACCACAACCCACGAAUCUGAGCGGAAACACUCGACCAACAGCGAGGCAACCAAAGCGGAUUCGAAUGGGCACUUGCCCCCAGGUCUGAAAUCUCCAGCAGACCCUUUGAAGUCGGCGCAGAAUGGGAAGCCGCCAAAACCCCUUAGAUAUGGAGAUCGUCCGGUGUGGUGGCUGGAUAUUCUUAGCCCGACCGAGGCUGAGAUGAAGGUGAUCUCUAAAGCCUUCGGGAUACACCCGUUGACGGCUGAGGAUAUCAUGAUGCAAGAGCAGCGAGAGAAGGUAGAGCUCUUUCGCAACUACUAUUUCGUCAAUUACCGUUCUUUCGACCAGGACCUGGCCAGUGAGAACUUUCUCGAGCCCGUCAACAUGUACGUUGUCGUGUUCCGGGAAUGUGUUCUCAGCUUCCACUUCUCGGUAACACCACACCCAGCCAACGUACGACGACGCAUCCGACAGCUGCGGGACUACCUCAUCCUCUCGUCAGACUGGAUCUCAUACGCCAUCAUUGACGACAUCACCGACGCUUUCGGGCCACUUAUCCAGAACAUUGAAGAUGAAGUCGAUGACAUAGACUACGCAAUCCUUCAGAUGCAUUCGGAGGAAGACCAAGCCAUGAGAGAGGAGAAGCGGCGACUCAACGAGAAGUCCGACUCGGCCGAGGUGAAGUCAGCCGAGGCCGGCCGCGACAUGCUCCGGCGGGUCGGAGAUUGCCGCAAGAAGGUCAUGUCGCUAUACCGGCUGCUCAGCAACAAGGCGGACGUGAUCAAGGGCUUCGCCAAGCGCUGCAACGAGCACUGGGAGGUGGCACCGCGAUCCGAGAUCGGCUUGUACCUGGGCGACAUUCAGGAUCAUAUUGUGACCAUGACUUCGAACCUCGGCCACUACGAGAAGAUAUUGGCUCGCUCUCAUGGGAACUACCUCGCCCAGAUCAACAUCCGCAUGAACGAGCGGCAGGAACAGACGGCCGAUGUGCUCGGGAAGCUGACCGUGCUGGGCACCAUUGUGCUGCCCAUGAACAUCAUCACCGGCCUGUGGGGUAUGAACGUGUGGGUGCCGGGACAGGAGUACGAAGGCGACCUCAACUGGUUCAUUGCCAUCACUGCGGGGUUGCUCUGCUUUGGUCUGGGGUGCUACUGGAUUGCGAAGAGGGUGUAUCGCAUUGUUUGAACCGGCGGGAUAGGUAGGUAAUAAUGGGCCUUUGGGUUUAGGAGCGAGAAUCGCUUGCUUGGGUUUGUAUUGAAUGCGUGCAUACAUACGGCAUAUACAUACGGCCGCAUACUUAGAUGUCUAUGCUGUUGGGGUGGCUAGAAUUGCAUAUAUUAUGGCGUUGGGAAUGGUGGAUGGGCUUUGCGAUGUUAGUUGCACACUCCCGGAGCGUGUGUUGACAGAUAGAAUGCAUUCACACAAGUGCUUCA